AUUUUGUGCUUUUGGGCAAAAAGUCUACUUUUGAAGUGCACCAAUCAUUAUUGUUUUCUUGUUAUUGCUAGCAUUGAAUGUUAUUUAUUUUAUGCGUUGAACUUCGUGAAGGAAACUGAAGAUCUGUUGUUAUGAAUAUUCGUGUUUCAUUUUAUACUUAAUGGAAUUUUAGAAAAAAAAAAUAAUGAUGUCAUAAAAAGUGUAAUGCAGAAGAUUUUGGAAAAAUGAGGAUAACAUUAAGGUCUUGUGUACCAGAAAGACGUUUUGGGAAAUCGAUCUUUUUUUAUUGUUUUUGUGCAGUGAUAUUCAGUGUUGGAUUCUUUUUGGGAGUUCUGCAAACUUCUGGUUGGUGCAAUGAUAAUUAUGCUAUGGAUCAUGUUCACGGGACCAUGAAAGCAGAUAUAAGUACUAAACAGAUAUCUGCUUAUCUAAUAGUCAUAAUAUUUAGUUCUCCAAAAAACUAUGAAAAGAGACUUGUCAUUCGAAAAACUUGGCUUUUAACUGGUGGAAAUCAUAGAAUAUUACAUUUCUUUGCUAUUGGAACAGCAUCUUUAAAUUUUGAGGAAAAACACAAUCUUAAAAAUGAACUUAAGGAGUAUAAUGAUUUGUUACUAUUAGACUCUGUCAAUGAUUCAUUUUCAAAAUUAUCAGAAAAAUUACGUGAAAUUUUUCGUUGGUUGGAUAGCAAAGCUCAUUAUACAUUUGUGUUGAAAGUAGAUGAUGACAGCUUUGUUCGUUUAAAUGCAUUAUAUACUGCAAUGACCAAGCAGCCACAAGAGAAAUUAUAUUGGGGCUUUUUUAAUGGUCAAGCAAAUGUGAAAUUAAAAGGUAAGUGGGCUGAAAAAGAUUGGUUUCUUUGCGAUCAUUAUUUGCCAUAUGCAUUGGGUGGAGGCUAUGUAUUAUCAGCAGAUUUGGUUCAUUAUAUAGUAUUAGUGUCAGAUAUAUUAUCUAUUUAUCAGAAUGAAGAUGUAAGCUUAGGUAUUUGGUUAGCCCCUUUUGAAAUUAAAAGAUUGCAUGAUCCAUUGUUUGAUACUGAAUUUCGUUCAAGAGGCUGCUUUAAUUCAUAUUUGGUUACACAUAAGCAAACACCAUCAAUGAUGAUCGAAAAAUAUAACAAUAUUGCAAAAACUGGAAAACUCUGCUUAUCUGAAUACAGGACAAGAAAUUCUUAUGUAUAUAAUUGGAAUGCACUUCCAUCUCAAUGUUGUAUCAGAAAUGACACUAAUGUUCCAUGAAGCCUGAUAAUGUUCUGAGAAAUGUGUUAUGUUAUUAACAAAAAGCUUAACAGUUUUACUUUUCAAUGAAAGUUAUAUAGAAUUAUAAACUAUGCAAUAAAUUAAUAUUUCUUUUAAAAACUC